AUGGGAGUUUUUCCUCCAGAGUGCAUUCCCCGGCUUGGCUCCUUCAUCUCGGCGCUCACCUCAUGGCGUGUGCGCCACAAGCCUAUCACGGUGCAGUAUGCGAAGGAGACCACAUCACCUCUCCUACACGUCACGCACGCCGAGUGCAAACUGGAGGGCGAGUCUCAGCAAAGCCUCCUGCAGCAACUAUUCUAUGUGGACAAGCUCACGAGCUACGACAUAGAGGUACCCGUGUUCGGGCCGAAAUGCCUGAGAACGAUGCGCGCGCGCGCUCUCCGGGAGGAGCUGACCAUGCGCGGCGAGCUGCCCUCGAUCAUCCAGUUCCUCUCCGCGCUUGAGGCCCUUGAACUCCCCAAGCUCGUCGUACGCUUCCGCCGCAGCCAAUUUGAAGCAUCCGUGCGCGUGCAAGACUUCGCGUACUCGCUGCAACUGCCUUCAACGGCCUACGUAAACCUCCACACGGUGGUCCUCUCAGAGACCGAGGCAUACGCGCGUUUCUCCGACGUUUCGCUCACCACACUGCUGUACCCACUUUACAGCUUGCGGCGUCUUGAAGACGUCGAGCUGCGACUCGAGAAGUCUGGCCUGCAUGCCCCCGAUCGCGACAUCGAGAAGCUCGCAAACGCGUGGCGCAACCUCCGCCGCCUCGUCCUCGCGUGCCCUCGCUGCACGGCGGAGAUGCCCACACUCGACUCCCUGUACACGCUCGCAGACACGUGCCGCAGCCUGCUGGAGCUCUUUUUCCCGCAGCUCGAUCUCGUGAACCUCGGGGAGGACAUCAAGCGGUGGCCGCCACAGGAGCCUAUGGACAGCGCGGUGGGCCACCCGCUGCGUUUGGUAGACAUCGCGUGCAACUCGACGACUCGGAUCACGGACAGCCAGGCCAUGCGCAUCGCGCGCUGCAUCGACAGCCUAUUCCCAAACAUCGAUAUCAACGAGAGCUUGGUGCACGACGGCAGUGUGGAGGCGAUAUUGUCAGACUGGUACUCGAUCCGGGUGAACAUCAUGGCGACAAAGGCUCUCCGGAAGCAUGCGCCUGGGCGAGCAUAUCUCGACCGAAAGUAA